AGGGGGGAUGUGGUGAAUAAUGACUGGGUUGUUUAAGAAAGCAUGACUGAUUUGGGAUGAAGGUUCCUUCCACCCUGACAUUUUCAUAGUAUAAUUUAUCGCACACAGCAUAUAAAGCUGUGGUAACCAGGUCUUGUCGCCAGCCUUAAUCGUGGGGAAUAGCCUGCAAAGACUACAUCACGGCCACUGCAGAUCUUUUGAACUCCGGAGACCUUGCUAUGUUCAGUAAUAUGUUACCCAAGGAUUUCCUCAACUGGAGUCUCCUAACUUGGAUGCUGCUUUUUUGUUUUUGCCUGUGUGAAGAAGAAUACAUGGAGGUGAGCAGAAGAGCUAGUAGCCCGGUGGCCAAAGUAUUGCAAAGUCGCCAUCAGAUUGGUUCCAAAGGUUCCAGCAGCAGGGAAUUAUUGAGACAGCGGAGUCGACUGGUUGAGUGGACGGUUGAGGAUGAUGAUGAUGAUGGUAAUAGCCCUUCUCCUGACCCAAAUGCCUUGAAACCAGAGGUAGAUGAUGUAGCACAGACUACCUCAAACAGAGUCCAGACUACACAAAGUGGACCACAAACCCCACCUGAAUGUGGCUGCCGGGGGGAUUUUGGGUUUCGGGGUUAUCAAGGCCCCUCAGGCCCACCAGGUCCCCCCGGCCCUGCUGGAAUGCCAGGAAACCAUGGGAACAAUGGAAAUAAUGGAGCACCAGGUAUGGAAGGCACAAAAGGUGAUAAAGGUGACAAAGGAGAACUCGGACCCAGAGGAGAGCGGGGCAAUCAUGGACCCAAAGGAGAGAAGGGUUACCCUGGCAUCCCACCAGAGCUUCAGGUUGCAUUCAUGGCUUCAAUGGCAACCCAUUUCAGCAACCAGAACAGUGGAAUAAUCUUCAGUAGUGUGGAAACCAAUGUGGGCAAUUUUUUCGACGUAAUGACUGGCCGAUUUGGAGCCCCAGUGAAUGGGGUGUAUUUCUUCACUUUCAAUAUGAUGAAGCACGAGGAUGUGGAGGAAGUGUAUGUUUACUUAAUGCAUAAUGGAAAUACAGUUUUCAGCUUAUACAGCUAUGAAUCAAAAGGAAAAACAGACUCAUCGAGCAACAGUGCGGUACUCAAACUUGCCAAGGGAGAUGAAGUUUGGCUGCGGAUGGGCAACGGGGCACUACAUGGAGAUCAUCAACGCUUUUCCACCUUUGCAGGAUUUCUUCUUUUUGAAACCAAGUAGAUAAAAUAUGUUAGGACAAAUAUUUCUAUAUUUUAAUCUGUUCUUUGGGACAACAUAGUAAUACAGUAAAACUGCACAACCUUUAUAGACACCAUUGCAAUGCGGUCUAUAGGGCAUGAUAAGGAAAGUUAAACCUGAAUGUAUAUAUGUCUUUUAAUGUCACUAUGAAUCACCCUUUCUCUAGUCCCGAGCAGUUCUUGAGUAGGUCUAUGAAGAUUAUUUUCUAAAAAAAAAACCCACCCAUAUGAUGAUUAUACUCUAUACUCUAUUUGUCCUAAAAUAAAAAGAUUGUGGGGUCACAUGUUCAUAAAGAUUUCUUACAGAAAGCUAUAUACGGAAUAGCUUGGAUCUUCACAAUUACUGGAGAAAUCAUUGGAUCAGGAGUUUCAUGUGUGCUAUGGAAACGGUUCAUUCAUAAACCCACACCCAAUCUUGCAGGCAUACUGCACUGAAUUCAGCACAAGCUACUUCUGCACACAAAUAAGCCUCACUUGACUGAUACAAGCCUAUCCAGGGCCAGUUUCAGAUUUUGCACUAGCUCAUUGUAAAUUUACUGAUUGCUUGAGCAUGUCAAAGAAUUGUUAAAUUGCUAACCUGGGCAUUAAACUUCAUUUUAAAAAUAAUCAUAGCUCAGAUGCCCCCCACCUUUUUAUCAUAAUUGAUAAGGUUGUAUACAGGGCCAUAGCCAGAAAAUAAAAAUGGAGCGGGGGAGCGAAUCAUGAAGAGUAUUUCCAUAACGCAAAAUAAUUUAGAAAUCAGGCUCAAUCGAUAAACUUCAGUGGACACUCUAAACAGAUAAACUUCAGUCGGCUCUCAUGGGGAUUUAGUUAACUAGUUAAAAUUAAUGAGUAAACCAGGUUUUUUUAAAACUCCCCCCCCCCCCCCCCCGUCUACAACCCUGGUUGUAUAUUUCCUAGUAGUCUACACAACAGUAAGUUGUAUUGGGAGGAUUAAUCCUAGAUGAGCUGAAAAAUUCACCUUUUUUGAGUCCUGUUGGCAUCUGUCAGGUGAAGGACACACUACUUUCCAAUCUUGUGUAGGAUUUUUAAGCAUUAACUGGGAAAUGCAAAUCCUACUGUUUAACAGCAUUGUAGAUAGGGAUUUAUAUCAUUUUUCAAAUGUAGGGUUAGGUUGUGCCGGAAAAGACCUUAAUGUUUUAAAUAUAAUAGGAAAAUGUUAGCAUGCUUUAGAACCCAUAGAAGCAAUUGAAUUAACCCCUGUUAACAUUAUUUUGACCCUAGAACUUAGCAAUAUGAAAUCCUUUUGCAUUUGUUGAUAUGACUGUAUUUUGUAAACUGAACCUUUAUUAAUUAAAUACAAUUUUGGAUAUGUGUCUUGUAGAGAACAUUAUAUACACACAAAAGGUCAACCAAGGGUGCACUUGCACUGUAGAAUUAAUGAAGUUUGACACCACCUGAACUGCCAUGGAAUCAUGGGAUUUGUUGACAGGUGAGGCAAAGAAUGUCACAGACCUAGUAAAACUACAAUUUUACUAGGUCUGUGACCUUGUUUGCCAGAAGGUAACAAACGUUUUCUGUUCUUGAGCUGAAGGUAACAUAAUUCCUUCGGGAAACAGUGAUUGGGCAUUCGGACGUGGCAUUUGGUCCAGUGAAGUUGAUGACAGAUGAUCUCUUGAAUUCUGGUGGUCUUUUCUUCUUCCAGAAUGCUGACAUUUGUCCACCUGUAUUUCCAAGAGAUUUGCAGGAUUUUUCAAACAUUGAUGGAAUUUUUCCAGAAGUUAUGAGUGUUGUUUGUAGAUGGUCUACAUUUCACAGGCAUGCAACAGAGUGGAAAGGAUAACGGCCUUAUAAACAAGCAUCUUGGUAUCCUUACAAAUGUCCCAAUCCUCAAACACUCUGCUUCAUUAAAAAAUGCUGCAGUU